UCUGAUUGGGUGCUGCAGAGCGCGUCCCGUUGUGAGUAGAGUCUAAGGAGGCUUUAUAAACAGAAGACCCCAUGUGUCCACUUCAAACUUAACUUCUUGAACAGUUCAAGUAUUCUAGUAGUCAUCGACGCAUUAUUCCCGCUUUUCAGAAUGUCUACAGAAAACUUCAGAAUGCCCACAGACAACUUUUCAGACUUGGAGCUGGAGCUAACUGAUCUACUCCAGGAGUUCGCGGAUGUGGUUGAGGAGUUGAGCGAGCCUUCACAAAGCGUCCCGUACGAAUACGAGCGGCUCCUGUCUGAAGCCAAACGGCGCACCGGGCUAGGGGACGACGGCUCAGUGGUCAGCGACAGCGGCGUGGAGGACAAUAGUGACUGCAGCAGUGAGGUGUCUCUGGGUAACAGUUGGAACACCAGCGAAGAAGAGCUCCACACUGCAGGCAUAACAGUGACGCCCAAAGCCAGAAUGGGAGACACAGGAGACCUACAGAGAUUCAUCGACAGUUUGGACCGGGAACUUGCUGAUAUGUGAACGGAAAGAGACGGAGAGAUGUAGACGGAGAAAGACGGAGACGGAGAGAGAGACGGAGAAGGCGAGAGAGCUGCUGAGACCACGUGGAAAGAGAAGAGAGAACAGGCUGCAUGGAUGGCUACUGCUGAACACACACACACACACACACACAGAUCUUAAAUAGCACAGUUUUGUCCUGUUGUGUUCGGAGAAAGCCAGCUCUCUCCUGGUCCCUCUGGGGAAAAAAAGGUUAAAAUAUGAGGAAUUAAAAGAGCAUCAUGUUCCAAUAUCUAGAACACCACUGGACCUGAGGUGGUAGACUACAUCCCUUCCCUCAGACUGGUGACAUAUUCACACCUAAAUCAUGCUGUCUUAUAGUCAUCGUGUCUCUCUUCAACAGGAGAACAUGAUGUGUCUCUCUUCAACAGGAGAACACGAACGUGUCUCUCUUCAACAUGAGAACAGGAACGUGUCUCUCUUCAACAGGAGAACACGAUCGUGUCUCUCUUCGACAGGAGAACAUGAUCGUGUCUCUCUUCAACAGGAGAACAUGAUGUCUCUCUUCAACAGGAGAACACGAACGUGUCUCUCCAACAGGAGAACACGAACGUGUCUCUCUUCAACAGGAGAACACGAUCGUGUCUCUCUUCAACAGGAGAACACGAUCGUGUCUCUCUUCAACAGGAGAACAUGAUCGUGUCUCUCUUCAACAGGAGAACAUGAUCGUGCCUCUCUUCAACAGGAGAACAUGAUCGUGUCUCUCUUCAACAGGAGAACAUGAUCGUGCCUCUCUUCAACAGGAGAACAUGAUCGUGUCUCUCUUCAACAGGAGAACAUGAUCGUGUCUCUCUUCGACAGGAGAACAUGAUCGUGUCUCUCUUCAACAGGAGAACAUGAUCGUGUCUCUCUUCAACAGGAGAACAUGAACGUGCCUCUCUUCGACAGGAGAACAUGAUCGUGUCUCUCUUCGACAGGAGAACAUGAUCGUGUCUCUCUUCGACAGGAGAACAUGAACGUGCCUCUCUUCGACAGGAGAACAUGAUCGUGUCUCUCUUCGACAGGAGAACAUGAUCGUGUCUCUCUUCGACAGGAGAACAUGAUCGUGUCUCUCUUCGACAGGAGAACAUGAUCGUGUCUCUCUUCGACAGGAGAACAUGAUCGUGUCUCUCUUCGACAGGAGAACAUGAACGUGUCUCUCUUCGACAGGAGAACAUGAACGUGCCUCUCUUCAACAGGAGAACAUGAACGUGCCUCUCUUCGACAGGAGAACAUGAACGUGUCUCUCUUCGACAGGAGAACAUGAAUGUGUCUCUCUUCGACAGGAGAACAUGAACGUGUCUCUCUUCGACAGGAGAACAUGAACGUGUCUCUCUUCGACAGGAGAACAUGAAUGUGUCUCUCUUCGACAGGAGAACAUGAACGUGUCUCUCUUCGACAGGAGAACAUGAAUGGUUGCCAUUUAAUAUGCAGAUAUGAAGGAAACCAAUCAAUGGGGGAAGCAGUAGAGACUCCACAGUAUCUUGUGAUCAGUAAGUGGCAACCUGCUGUUUCCUGAUGGAAGGCCUUAUAAUAGUGAAACCCAUUGUUAUCACAACCCAAUGUGUUGGAACCUCCCCAUGUACAGUAAUUGUGAAAAUGCUCUGUUUUAUAUUGUAAAGUGCAAAGUGAUGUACAGUAUUAUAUUAUACUAUACUACAAACAGAUCAGUCCCUAACCUGAUGAUUAUAAGGAUUUUUGUACAAAGGAAUAAAGAUACAUAUUUA